AUGGGUAUUUCAAAAACGUUUGAUAAGUAUAUGAACGAACAGAAGGAACAGCUUCUAAACUCCAGGAAGAAAGUACACCACCCUCUGCUGGCAUCACCCUGGGCACACACAGGGUGUUCCUCCCAGCAGGCUUCAGGGCAGGCCACGGCAGGCCCUACGAUCCACAGAGACAUGGAGAAGGAGAGUUCAGGGUACAGUGAGACCCCAGAGAAGCUGGGCCUGUCCUUCUCCAUUGACGCUAUCCUGAAGAGGCCCACAGAGAGAAGAAAUAUGCCAAGACCACAAAGCAUAGGUGGAGAGGACGCUAGGCACACAGCAAUCCCAGGUUCCAAGCUAGAGAGGCUCCCACAGGAUCAGCCCCAAGAAGAAAAAAAGAACAAGCGGAGAGUUCGCACUACCUUCACCACGGAGCAGCUACAGGAACUGGAGAAACUCUUCCACUUCACCCACUACCCCGACAUCCAUGUCCGGACCCAGCUGGCUUCCAGGAUCAACCUGCCCGAAGCUCGAGUACAGAUCUGGUUCCAGAAUCAGAGAGCCAAGUGGAGGAAGCAGGAAAAGACUGGCAGCCUCAGUGUAUCGCAGCAGCCUGGUGAAGCCAGCUUGACCCUGUCCUCAAACAUGGACAUGGCUGGUCCUGUGCUGACACCCAAGGCUCUGCCCAUGUUGGUGCCUCCCACAGGGUGCUAUCCACUCUCUCAGACUCAGCUCACUUCAGGCUGGUUCCCUGCCCAGAUCACCCUUGUCCCAUGGCACCCAUGGGAUCCGCAGCCCUUGCCUGGCUCUCUCACCCAGCAGCCUUGUGUCCCUUCCCUUGCUCUGCCACCUCCAUACCCCAAGUGGGGCAGCAUCUGUGCCACUUCAACAUAGGGACUGGUUGCUCUCUUCCCAAGCAAGCUACUCUCCUCUCCCAGUAAUGGCAGGCAGCCUUGGCUCUCAGAGAAAAUCACUCCAUAAUCCAUCAAUGGCGCACAGCCCAGGAAGCUACCCAGAACUUUGCCACGGAAGACGGCACUGUCAUGACAGGAAAAGACAACACACAUCUCACCAGCCAAAGUCCUUCUCCCAGCGCAGAAGCCUGGCUGCCUGAGGGCUGGGGAGGAACUCCAGAAUAAGCUGCUUUCCAUUCGCCCUGUGCUUCCUCUAACAGCUGUGCCACCUCCAGCUGGUCACUCACACCCUCUGGACCUCAUCUGUAACACAGCAGCCAGACAGAUUAUUUCUGAGGACCCUCUUCUCCAUUACUUUGGGGAGAUGAGCCCUGGGAAACACACGUCAUGGGGAGGCCCAGGAGGGGCUGCACAUCCAUGCAUUCAUUCAUGACCUCUGUACUGACCACUGAACAUUGUGGGCCACUUGGAAAUAGAUGUGGAGCUGAACAGAUAGGCUUCUUCCCAGGUCAGUUGAAAGGUGAUGCUGACCUCUGCCUGCAAACAGAUGUCGGUGACCUUGGCUCGUGUCUAGCACAUCACUAAUGACUUUGGUAUGAAAAAUCUCAGAAUGGAAGAAAAA